AUUCACACGUCAGUAUAUGUGUUUUUUUUUUUUAGCAAAGGUUAUUGUCUGCUCCCCAUGUUAGUACUCAGCAAACUAGCCGUUGGCUUUGAACUACAACGGCUAUUCCAAUUUAAAUCUCCAUUUAUACAAAUAGCUCCAUCACAUUUCUUCACUUUUUAAGUACUUCACUCUCACCUCUUUCCCCCAAUCAUCCCUCCCUCUCUCUCUCUCUCUCUCUCUCACACACACACACACACACACAAUUCAAUCAAGAUGAACGAUCUCAUGACCAAAUCUUUCACCAGCUACGUGGAUCUAAAGAAAGAAGCCAUGAAAGAUCUCGAAUCGGGCCGCGACCUCGAAAUGGGCGUGGCCCAGCCCGACCGCAACCUCACCGCAUUCCUCGAAGAAGCAGAGCAAGUGAAGCAGGAGAUGAACUCGAUCAGAGAGAUCCUGGCCCGCCUGCACGCCUCCAACGAGGAGGGCAAGGCCCUCCACAAGCCCGAGGCCCUCAAGUCCCUCCGCGCCCGCGUCAACGCGGACAUCCUGUCCGUGCUGAAGCGGGCCCGGGGCAUACGGGCCCGCCUCGAGGAGAUGGACCGGUCCAACGCGGCCAACCGCCGCCUCUCCGGCUGCAAGGAGGGCACCCCCGUGGACCGGACCCGGUCCGCCGUCACCAACGGGCUGAGGAAGAAGCUCAAGGAGCUGAUGAUGGACUUCCAGGUGCUGCGCCAGCGGAUGAUGACGGAGUACAAGGAGACCGUCGGGAGGCGCUACUUCACCGUCACCGGAGAACACCCCGACGACGAGGUCAUCGACAAGAUCAUCCACAGCGGCGACGGCAACGGCGGCGAAGAGCUGCUCUCAAGAGCCAUUCAGGAGCACGGGAGGGGGAAGGUGGUGGAGACGGUGGCGGAGAUACAGGACCGGCACGACGCGGCGAAGGAGAUCGAGAGGAGCUUGCUGGAGCUGCACCAGAUAUUCCUGGACAUGGCGGUGAUGGUGGAGGCGCAGGGGGAGCAGAUGGACGACAUCGAGCACCACGUCGUCAACGCGGCGCAGUACGUCGGCGACGGGACGAAGAGCCUCAAGGUGGCGAAGGAUCACCAGAGGAGCAGCCGGCGGUGCUUGUGCAUCGGAAUCAUACUGCUUUUAGCCCUGAUUCUUCUGGUUGUUAUCCCCAUCGCCACCAGCUUCACUAAAUCAUGAUUUCAUGCGCAAUUGUUUAUUCAUUCAUUUUUUUUUGUUUUUUUUUGCUUUCACUCUCGUGAGAUGAAUCUAGUGUUUAAUGUAUAAUUUCGUGUAAUAUUUGCAAGUAUGAAGAAUAUAUUUUGCAUAAA